AUGACGCCAAAGGGGUUUGCCUUUGGACUGCUGCUGGUGGUGCUGCUUUGCGUGGUAAAUCGCGCCCAGUUGGCCCAGGCAGUCAAUGCAUGCGACCCGGGCGUGUGCGCGUGCACGGGAGUGACUGUCAAUUGCCAGAACAAAGGUUUCACAGCCAUUCCAAGCGGAAUUCCAGUCAACACCACGCAGCUGUAUCUGCAGUCCAACUUGAUCACCAACAUCCCGGCAAGCGCAUUCACAGGCCUGACUGCGCUGCAGGUCAUAUACCUGACUUCCAACCAGAUCGUCAGCAUUUCCAGCGGCGCAUUCUCAGGCCUGAGUGCGCUGACUUACGUCUCUCUGUUCAACAACCUGAUCACCAGCAUUCCCGACUCCCUCUUCGCUGACCUGACUGCGCUGACUUACCUAGGUCUGCACGGUAACCUGAUCACCAGCAUGGCCGCAACUGCCUUCACCGGUCUGAACGUGCUGACACGAUUGAGUUUAUACGGCAACCAGAUCACAAGCAUUUCUGCAAACGCAUUCUCAAACCUGCCUGCGCUGACCACCUUGGCUUUGUACGAUAACCAGCUCACCAGCAUUCCCGCGGACGCAUUUACAGGCCUGAGCGCGCUGACGGAGUUGACUCUGUAUGACAACGAGAUCACCAGCAUUUCGGCAAAUUCAUUCACAAGCCUCCCUGCGCUGAUUAUCCUGAGCUUAGACAGCAACCGGAUCACCGACAUUUCUGCAAAUGCAUUCACAGGCCUGACUGCGCUGAAUAUCUUAUAUCUGAGCCACAACCAGCUCAGCAGCAUUUCCGCGAACGCAUUUACAGGCCUGAGUGGGCUGGAUUCCUUGACCUUAUUCAACAACGAGAUCACCAGCAUUCAUGUAGACGCCUUUACAGGUUUGCCUGCGUUGACUUCCCUAUAUCUGCAAUCCAACCUGAUCACCAGCAUUCCUCCCUUUGUAUUCACAAACUUGACUGCGCUGCAAAUCCUAGUUCUGGCCUACAACCAGAUCACCGGCAUUCCCGCAAACGCAUUCACAGCAGACCUGGCUGCACUGAAUUAUCUGGAUGUAUCCGAAAACCAGGUCACCAGCAUUCCUGCAAACGCAUUCGCAGGUCUGCAUUCGCUGAGUUCCUUGUUUCUGCAAGGCAACCAAAUCACUAGCAUUCUCACCUCUACAUUCCAAGGCCUAACUGCGCUGACUCACCUGAUUUUGUCUGACAACCCUUUCACCACCUUGCCACCUGGCCUGUUCAAGGGCUUACCGAAUGGCUUGAUUUUGUCACCGCCCACGCUACUGUAUAUGAGCCCGAACAACUUUACCUUUGGUGAGAACACUGUCGCGCCGCCCAGCACUUACGGCAGUGCAUCCGAGCCAUACCAGUGUGACACGGUUUGCGGCACCUGCUAUGCCGCUGGGUCCGAUGCGUGCUGCCCGAGCAAUUGCCUGAUCUGCACGUCAUCGUCUGUGUGCACGCAGUGCUCUGAAGGUGCUAUGAUGGUGAGCGGAUCAUGCGUCUCGCACGCUUGUGGCGCUGGCGGCUUGUGCACUUGCUCGGGAACGACUGUCGAUUGCCAGAACCGUUCUCUCACCGUCAUUCCAAGCGCAAUGCCAAGUAACACGCUGACGGUGUAUCUGCAAGCCAACCAGAUCACCAGCAUUCCUGCCUCUGCGUUUGCAGGUCUGAGUGCGCUAACGAUUCUAAUUAUGUUCAACAACAAGAUCACCAGCAUUGAUACAGACGCAUUCACAGGUCUGACUGCGAUGUCACAAUUGAAUCUGCAAGACAACAAUCUCGCCAGCAUUCCCGCCUCGGCCAUUGCAGGUCUCACUGCGUUGAAAUUCUUAGAUCUGUCCAACAACAAGAUCACCGACAUUUCCUCCUCUGAGUUUACGGGCCUGACUGCGCUGAAUUACCUAUGGCUGAAUAGCAACAGGAUCACCAGCAUUUCUGCGAACGCAUUCACAAGCCUGCCUGCGCUGGCAUUCGUCUGGCUGAGAGCAAACUGGAUCACCGCCAUUUCUGCUAACGCAUUCGCCGGCGUGACUUUGACAUACCUGGAUCUGCAAAACAACCGGAUCACCAGCAUUCCAGCCAACGCGUUUACAAGCCUGACUGCGCUGAAUACACUGACUUUGAACGACAACCCCUUCACCACGUUGCCCCCUGGUCUGUUUAAGGGGCUGCCAAAUGGCAUGGUUUUGUCGGUGGCUUUCUCCCAAUAUCUGAGCCCCAACAAUUUCACCUUUGGUGGAAACACUGACGCUCCGCCGAGCACAUACGGCAAUGCAUCCCUUCCUUACCCGUGUGAUACAGUCUGUGCCACCUGCUAUGCCGCUGGGUCUGGCGCGUGUUGCGCGACCAAUUGCUUGACCUGCACUUCGUCCGCUGUCUGCAUUCAGUGCUACGAGGGCUAUGGCAUGAUGAGUGGAUCCUGCGUCCCGCUCGCUUCGAUCGCUUCAGUCGCUUCCAUCGCUUCAGUCGCUUCUGUCGCGUCUGUCGCGUCCACACAAUCCGCCUCGGCUGCUUCGAUUGCCUCGACCAGAUCUGCAUCGAUUGCGUCCGGCGCCUCAAUCGUAUCGGCCUCGGUUGCUUCUGAUGCGACAGCUGCAACAAAAGCAUCCAUCGCCUCCGUUGCUUCGGUCGCGUCCACACAAUCUGCCUCGGCUGCGUCUCUUGUUUCCGCGAGCUCGGCGCUCUCGGCUUCUGCUGCGUCAACCGCAUCGGCAUCUGCUGCAUCGGUUGCGUCCUCCAUUGCACGACAAGGCGGCGACAGCUCCCAAGACUCAGCUUCAGUUGUUGUCAUCGCUGCCGUUGUAGCGGCCGUUGCAGUCAUUGCGAUUCUGGCACUCGUGUUCAUCGUGUUGCGACGUCGGCGCGCACAGCCCCGUUCAAUCCUGCGACCGACAAACUCUGCUGGUCCCAUCUAUCAGGAGGCCGUUGAGAUGACAGUCUCUCCUCUGGCCCUUUCGACUCGAUCUCACAAAGAGGAAGACAUCGCAGCGUACGCCGUGGUCGGUCAGAAGCGACCAGAUCAGAAGGACUCUGUCGGUCCCGUGUAUCAGGAGGCAAUUGCAGCGUCAGUCUCUCCUCUGAACCAUUCGGCUGGAUCUCACAAAGCGGAGGAUGACAGCUCGGCCUACGCCACGGUCGGUCAAAAGCAGCCAGAGCCUUUGUACCAGGCUAUCGCAAAGACCUCUCCAGAGGUGGUCUACGACUAUGCAAGCGCGUAUGUCGCUGGCAGCAACUCUCGUCGUGUUCGCGAGGGCUUGACGAUUGUGAAACACCUUGCCAGUGGUAACUUUGGCGAUGUAUCCCUUGGGCAAGUUCCGUCCAACGUGUUGCCGCCACGAGCUCAAGCUUUGCUUGGACUUGCAGCAUCCGAAACCGUACAAGUUGCCGUCAAGUCGCUCAAGGCAGAUGCAGACGAGAAAUCCCGCAAGGAUUUUGAAAGCGAGGCCAAGUUGAUGGCGCCGUUUGUGCAUCUGAAUGUCGUGCGUCUGCUCGCGGCUCUUGUAGAGUCCGAGCCCCAUCUCGUUCUGUUGGAGUUUGUGCAGUAUGGCGAUUUGCGAACGCUGCUGCAAAAGUCCAAGCUCCACUCGGUUUGGUGGACCCAGAAUGAGCAAAUCCACGCCAUUCGCCAGAUAGCACUCGGCAUGGAGUAUCUGGGCACUCUCCACUUUGUGCACCGUGAUCUCGCCGCACGAAACUGUCUCGUGGGCCAGGAAAUGGUGGUCAAGAUUGCCGAUUUCGGGCUUUCUCGCGAGCUGACCGACGAGAAUGAUUACUAUCGCAUGCAAACGCGUGGCAAACUUCCCGUGAAGUGGAUGGCACCAGAAACACUGAAUUUCCGAAAGUUCUCGACCAUGUCGGAUGUUUGGUCGUUUGGUGUGACAGCCUGGGAAUGCUCCAGCUACGGCGCAAGGCCGUACGGCGAGAUGAACGGCAUGGAUACGCUGGCUCAUGUGCAGGCUGGUGGUCGACUGCCCGCGCCAGAAGCCUGCAUGCCCGAGCUGUACAGCAUGAUGACGAGUUGCUGGGACGUGUCGCCGGAGAAACGCCCGACCUUUUCUCAGCUUGUUCGAGCGCUCACAGCGCUUCAGGAUGGGACGGCCGUUCGCGAAAUUGGAGCGAUGGUGUAAAAUGGACUUGUCGCGCGUAGUCACUUGAUGCAAUGUCGAGGAGGCUUCUUGCGUUUAUAAAGUUGCUCAACCAU